AUGGUCGAUGAACGCCGACCCCACGGUGACGUUGGUACCGUGGACGAGCUUUGCACGGCGUGCCUGGCUGGCUGUACAAUCCCAUACGGAGCCCUUUGCCAUGGAGAUACCUACUCAAAGCGGAUAUAUCGAAGAGGCUCGCGUUGCUGCACAAGUCAUACCCUGCGUCCUGAGUGGCGGGAUCAGUGA